AUGACGCCUCUACAACUACAACAUUUACUUAUAACGUUCUUUCUGAUAACAGAUAUCCAGCCUAUACUUCUUCCCUUAUGAUUUCUAAUCUCAAUACCAACCAAGCUCAAGCAAAAUCUGAUUUCACAAGCCAAUUAUCAUUGACCACUACAGCUGUUGGGUCACCAUCAGCCAUUACAGCUGGAUCAAAGCCAUCAUGGUCAACUGCUCCAGCAAAGGGAACUGUCUCUGAUGCAUCUGCUACUUUCACUGCAACUUCUUCAGCAGCUGGAUAUAUUUAUGCCUCAUUCUCAAAUAAUGACCUUACCGGUCGCACUACUUAUGCUUGGCAAGUAG